AUGGCGACCAAGGAGGGGAAGUCAAACAAGUUGAGCUUCCAGCUCAAGACGCCCAAGGGCACAAGGGAUUGGAUUGGUGUUGACAUGAUCAUACGUGAAUCAAUCUUCAGCGCCAUCACCGAAGUCUUCAAGCGUCACGGAGGUACACAACUAGACACACCGGUUUUCGAAUUGAAGGAGAUCCUGGCGGGCAAAUAUGGCGAGGACUCUAAGCUUAUCUAUGACCUUGCCGACCAAGGUGGAGAGGACAGCGCUCUUCGAUACGACUUGACGGUGCCGCUUGCUCGGUGGCUCGCCAUGAACACGUCAGUGCAGCACAUUAAGCGAUUCCAAAUCGCCAAGGUGUAUCGACGGGAUCAGCCGGCAGUUGCGAAAGGACGGAUGCGCGAGUUCUACCAGUGCGACUUCGAUAUCGCCGGUUCCUACGAUGCUAUGAUUCCCGAUGCCGAGAUCCUGCGGAUAGUGGUGGAGGUGUUUGAGGCGCUCAACAUGCGCGAUUAUAUCACGAUUAAGCUUAACCACCGGAAGAUCCUCGACGGGUUGUUCGGGGCGUGUGGCGUUCCUGAAGAUAAGAUUCGCGCGAUAAGUUCCGCGGUUGACAAGCUUGAUAAGCUUCCAUGGGAUCAAGUUAAGAAGGAGAUGGAAGAGAAAGGGCUGGAACCAGAAGUUGCGGAUAAGGUUGGAAAAUACGUGAAGCUGAGCGGUGGCCGUGAGAUUUUGGACGCCAUCAAGGCCGAAGAAGUGCUCAUCGCCAACGAGAACGUGAAAAAGGGUGUUGAGGACCUGGAACUCCUCUUCAAAUAUCUCGAGGCUUUCGACGCAUUAGACAAGAUCUCCUUCGACCUCUCCCUUGCCCGAGGCUUGGACUACUACACUGGUCUCAUCUACGAAGUGGUUACACCACUGUCCUCCGCCGAAGGGUUCGCCCAGUCUCAGAAGAAAUCCAAGUCAAAAUCAAAGCCAAAUGGAGAGGACCAGAAUAUUGGUGUUGGAAGUAUCGCUGCAGGUGGACGAUACGAUGAUCUGGUUAACAUGUUUGCGAAGAAGCGUCAAAUCCCCUGUGUUGGUAUCUCAUUCGGUGUCGACCGAAUUUUCACAAUCAUGAAGCAGCGCCUUGAGAGUGAGGCCGAACAAGGCAAUGGCACUAUGCGCGCCAGCGAGGUCGAUGUCUUCGUCAUGGCUUUCGGUGGAAAGGGUUUCAAUGGCCUGCUCGUCGAGCGCAUGUCUGUUGCCAAUCAGCUGUGGAAGGCAGGCAUCAAGGCCGAAUUCGCCCAAACGGUCAAGCCCAAGCUGCCGCAGCAGUUCAAGCUGGCAGAGGCCGGUGGUAUCCCACUCGCCGUCAUCCUGGGAGAGGACGAAUUAGCAGCGGGCAAGGUUAAGCUAAAGGAGCUUGGACUGCCCGAGGGCCACCCAGAAAAGGACGGUGCUCUGGUCGCGAGAGAAGAUCUUGUGGAGGAGAUCAAGAAGAAGCUGAAUAAAGCCUCCUUGCCGAUUCGCUAG